UUUAAAAUCUUUUAACAUUCAUGAGAUGGGUGAAACUAUUCGGCUGCCAACUGGCAGAAAUUCAGAAACAAUUCAAGGUGUUCAAUUACAAGAAGUUUUUCAGCAUGGGACGAUAGGCGAUUUUAUUGGCUCUUCUUUGGAAGGUGUAGAUUCUGGAUUUAUUCGUUGUGUAUAUAAUGCAAAGAAUCAAAGUGGUAAUACAGUUACCCUGCUCUGUGAGAAAAUGGAAGGUUGUUGUGUAACAGGUUGCUGCCCUAAAGAUCAAUUUUGGAUUUUCCCACUUGUUUGUUUUCUCAUCUUUGUACUUGUCGUUUUUUGUGUUGGCACUGUUUCAAUUAUAAUAUGCUUUCAACGUACAAAAGGCAAGCAAAGGCGGACAGAAAAAGAGAUUUAUUCACAAAAUAGAGCUUCAGAGGUAGGAGCAGGUCCCCAUGGCAGUAAUCGACCAGUAGGGUCAAGUCAACCACCUCCGCAACAAAACAAUUAUGGCACAGGCCGAUUCCCAAAAACAAUUCCAAAUAAUCCCCCUCAACAACAGGAUCAAUUUCAAGAGGCCAUUCAUUACCAACAAAGGCAUUUACCACCAAGAAGCCAUCACCAAACACAAUAUUUUACAUCACAUAGAUUUUAA